AACUGGGUGUCUAGUGGAGAUUCGGGAAGGCUCCCUCUGGCUUAGUAAGCAGUUUGGAAUCUGAGCAGGCAGGACCAGAACCUGAGAGAUGGGUUUGGGGCUAAAUACUUUCCUCCCUGAGACACUUCCAGGGCUCCAGAAGAGCGCCAUACUCAGAUCACAGGUCCCACUGCGCUAGCUCGCACAGAGCGCCUGAUUCGCAUAGUGUCAGGGCACAGCACCACUCAAGACAGGUAGCACUGCAGAGACAGGCUGUCACACAGAGUUGAUGACUUGUAAGAUUGCUGCUGUUUUCAGUUCCCCAUCCUCCGUGAGUAGUAAAACGGAAAAGCACAGACCAGAAAAAGGAGCCCCAGGAAACUCAGACUAUCGGUCUCUGACGCGGAGAGAAAGUUUGAGAAAACAAGUGGUAGUACACAGCAAACAACUGCUAGCGAAUGCAGAGAGAUGGCCGGGGUUUGCGCUCACUGUGACCCAGGGGGCAGGGAGGUCAGGUGCAAGGGGCGGGGGCUCUGGCCAUGGGCCUGGCUGGGGCGGGCCAGCCGGCGGGGCAUUUAAACCACAGUCCCCAGUGUCGGGGACUCGUGCCGGCUCCGUACCCUCCGUUGUCCCAGCUCUAGGUACCGGCCACGCAAGAUGCGGUCUUCCCUGGCUCCGGGUGUCUGGUUCCUCCGUGCCUUCUCUAGGGACAGCUGGUUCCGUGGCUUCAUCCUGCUGCUCACCUUCCUCGUUUAUGCCUGUUAUCACAUGUCCAGAAAGCCCAUCAGCAUUGUAAAGAGCCGCCUGCACCAGAACUGCUCAGAGCUGGUCAGGCCCGGCAAUGACACCCACGAUCCCAAUGAUACCACCUGGUGCAGCUGGAGUCCAUUUGACAAAGAUGACUACAAGGAGUUACUGGGAGCUGUGGACAAUGCCUUCCUAGUGGCUUAUGCCAUUGGCAUGUUUAUUAGUGGAAUCUUUGGGGAGCGGCUGCCCCUCCGUUACUACCUUUCAGCUGGAAUGGUGCUCAGUGGCCUGUUCACCUCCCUCUUUGGCCUGGGGUACUUCUGGAAUAUCCACAUGCUCUGGUACUUUGUGCUUAUCCAGAUCUGCAACGGACUUGUUCAGACUACGGGCUGGCCAUCUGUGGUGACCUGCGUUGGCAACUGGUUUGGAAAGGGAAAGCGGGGAUUCAUCAUGGGCAUCUGGAAUUCCCACACUUCUGUGGGCAACAUUCUGGGCUCCCUGAUUGCUGGAGUCUGGGUGAACCAGCAGUGGGGCCUGUCAUUUAUCGUGCCUGGCAUUGUCACCGCUAUCAUGGGCGUCAUCACUUUCCUCUUUCUUAUUGAAUAUCCAGAAGAUGUGGAUUGCACCCCUCCUCAGCACCAUGGUGACCUGGAGAAGGAACGAGACAACCCCGAGGAUCCUGUGAAUGGUCCCUAUUCCCACAGGGAGUCCAAUGUGGACAUUGCAGUCAGCUCCUCCAAGGAGCAGGGCUCUGAGCCUGAAGCCAUCAGUUUUCUGGGGGCACUCAAAAUUCCGGGUGUGAUCGAGUUCUCGUUAUGUCUGCUCUUUGCCAAGCUGGUCAGCUACACCUUCCUCUACUGGCUGCCCUUGUAUAUCUCCAAUGUGGCUCACUUCAGUGCCAAGGAGGCUGGGGACCUAUCCACACUCUUCGAUGUUGGUGGCAUCAUAGGUGGCAUCAUGGCAGGGCUCAUCAGUGACUACACCAACGGCAGGGCCACCACUUGCUGCAUCAUGCUGAUUCUGGCUGCUCCCAUGAUGUUCCUGUACAACUACGUUGGCCAGAAUGGAAUAGCCAGCUCCAUAGUGAUGUUAAUUAUCUGUGGGGUCCUGGUCAAUGGCCCAUAUGCACUGAUCACUACGGCGGUCUCUGCUGACCUGGGCACACAUGAGAGCCUGAAGGGUAACGCCAAGGCCCUUUCCACUGUCACGGCCAUCAUCGACGGCACUGGUUCCAUAGGUGCGGCUCUGGGGCCCCUGCUGGCCGGGCUGAUUUCCCCCACAGGCUGGAAUAACGUCUUCUACAUGCUCAUCUCUGCCGAUGUCCUGGCUUGCUUGCUCCUCUGCAGGUUGGUGUACAAAGAGAUCCUGGCCUGGAAGAUGUCCCGGAGCAGAAGCAGCGGAUAUAAACAAAUAUGAGGCCUCAAUUGGAAGAGCAGCACCGAGGGUCUCUGCUGGGUACCCAAAGUGCUCCCCCAUGAGCAAGAGACUGGAAACUUCCAUCACAAGGUGAGGCAAAGCCUCCUGAUCCAACCAGUUCAGCCCAAACCCACCCUGCCACUAAGGGCACAGAAGACUAUGGGAAGGGACUGCCUAGCACCAGGCCUGGGAAAAUGGAAGAUUUCAAGGCCUGGAGCUCCGGGAGCCACAAUCAGAAGGGAUGGGGCUGAAACCAGAAGGGAAGACAUGUUCAGACUCUUGCUUAUUUGGAUUCCAAGCAAGGACCAGAGCCUGGAAAAGAUGCCUAUCUCCUUCCCACGUUAAAUUAUAAAUAAUCUCUGUAAUUGGCCUGUACCUACCUAUGGGGGCAUCUCACCUUGCUUCAAAGGUGCUGGGCCUCUCUCUGUCCCUUUGCUCACGAACUGGUCUUUAUGGAUUUCCCCAAGUAGGACCCUCGUACCUGCCCUCCAUUGAUCCUGUUAGAACUCAGCCACUUUGGAGCAUUAGCACUGCUCUUGCAGAGCCGAGGCUAAAGUGGAGCAAGGGAGCUGCCAUGAGUGCUGGGUGGAGGGGACUCACUCUUGGCUCCUGAGCAUCCCCAUCCUCAGAGUCCAGCACCCCCUCGCCUCACCCUGAAGCUGCCUCAGGGGACGAAGACACUGAGGUCGGUGCUGUGAAGACUAGGGGUGUCGGGCACAACUGAAAAUGCUGGUGUGUUAAGCCCUGGGUGCUCCCUGCAUGGCAGCCCUCCUGUAGGAAUGAACAGGAAAUGGAUCCGAAAUGACUUAACACUGAGCAUAGAUGUCAAGUUAAGCAAGAAGCGAGUGUACCACUUGAUUCAUCCAAGUAACGGCUCCACGGCAGUUGCUUGGAGCCGUCUUGCAGCCCUCCUCUUACCUGGUGUUCUGAUGCACAUGCUCCUUCCACUCUGAGUCCUAGAUCAUGACAUGCCAGGCUGACUCCUGGCAUUUCCGCCUGACUUUUAAGCUGCCCAUCGGCACCAAUACAGAUUUGUUUUGCCAACAGUGGCCUGUGCUUAUCCUUGGUGGGGCCUGGCCUAGCAGCAGCUGUGGGGCUCAUGAGGGCAGUGAAGAAGUGUCACUGGACCAAAGACCAAAGUGUUCUGGAGCUGUGACAGCUGCAUUCCCAGAGGACAUACUCAUGACAUUGAUAACACAUGCAAUACAGCAGGAGCCUAGACCCCCAUAUAAGAUACAAUCAUUGCAUGUGCUAGGAUGCUGUGUUGGUCAGUGCGUUCGCUAGACACAUUGGCCUCAGCAGUAAAAUAUAAAGCUCGUAUGCCUGAUCCUCACUUUGAUUCUGCAGGAAGCAGUCAGUCAGGAGCCUCUUAUAUUCAGGACUUGGUAGGAGACAGGGUCUGACACAUGGUAUUUUGCUCAGUGUUCAUAAACUUUCUAGACCAGAAAGGAUUUUUAACUAGUGUUAUAUGGAAGGGGCAAACUUAAGGCGAAGCUGUGUUACUUCUGAAGACCACUAGAUGGUGAUACCAUCCCGUGAUAGAGUCCAGGGUGGGCAGGUGUUGCCAUUCUGUUUUAGAGAAGGAAGCCUGCACGCUUUCCUGACUUGCAGACUCCUCCCCACCAUCCCUUGAAGGUCAGUGUUAAAGGAGUGAUUCUUGGAAGUCUUCUCCCUCCCAGCCUCAUUAUUAUGUUCUUCCUGUUUCCUCAUCUAGAACAAGAAUACCGUUCCUUGUACCAUGGCGUUGAUGUGAGGGAGAUAAGUGCAGAUCACACUCGCUGCCCAUGUCUCCUUAGCAGAUGAAACAUAAUAUGAGACUAGACAGAAUACAAGUCAAAGAGGGCAUGGGGAUAAGUAGUGACCUAAGUUGAGGGCUACACUGUCCAUCAAGUCCAGACCUGAUGGGACAGGGCCGGUAGGGGUGUCCCUGGUGGCUUCAGAUGGGACAGCUUCUGAGGGCAGAGUUCACAGGCUUUGUAUGACAAGGCAGGGAGGCAGGGAAGACAGGAGGAGCUAAUAGGAAUCUCGUCAAGCCUUCCUGUGUGAGGCAUAAGGACCAGAGCGUGAACAAACAUGCACUCCAGGCAGGCAAGAGAGACAUUACAAAGCUUCAAAAGAUUUGUGGGAGCCCAGAGCAGGGCUUCAGAAGUGAGGGCUUAGGCUGCAGGUGUAUGAAGAAGGUUGGGGGAAAUUGCAAAUGUACCCUUUUGUACUCACCAGGCCAGGUUGUCUGCACCCCCCUUUACUUCCCCAGCUCUGGGCACAGUCUGUUCACCAGAGGCCCAGUACCUGUCUUCUUUCAGGCCUCUGCACUCACAUGGGGCUAAUGCAGGAACAUUACGUUAAUUAGUUAUUCAUUUAAUUUAACUUCACAUUUGGUCUCAAUUAAGCUUAAAAUGUUCUUCCUUAUAGAUGCUACAAUAGCACGUGUAAUUAAAAGGCAAUAACUCUU